AUGCAACCCAACCCAAACAACCAACACGACCACCCGCGCCGUCAUCGACCUCCCCCACCCCUCCAAGGGCGCCCCUCUGCCCCCGGUCUCCCCGACACCCUCCGCGACAACAUCACUCUCCAAGCACCCCGGGGCCCUCCCUCCACAGCGACCACCACCCCAUCCUCGACGCACCCGCUCGAAGCCCGCCUCCUCGCGUGGCGCGCCACCCAGGAUGCAUUGAAAAUGGAGUCGCUGCGUCGGGCGUACGGCAUCGCGGAACCCGUGCGCCGCGGCAUGGAGUUGAAGAUCGUGCGGGAUGGGACGUUCAGACCUGCUGCGUUGGGUGGUCUCGGAAUGGGAAAUCUCCAUGAAGAUAUUUUGGUCCUUGGUGGUAGGGAUGCUGAGGUGGGUUGGGAGGAUGUGUUUAAGGGUGAUGAGUUCCGUGAACCGCCUGCUUUCCAUGAUGAGAUGGAGAAGAGAUUGCGUAUGGAUCACUGA